AUGACAACCCUUCGAAAGUCUCUGCCUUUGAACAACGGUUGGAGAUACAAAGCUCUAUCUUCCUCGACAUCUCCACAAUCUAACUCAUGGCAACCGAGCAGACCGCUUCCGACAGAGAUUCACCUGGAUUUGCUGGCUAAUGGAGCCAUCCAGGACCCCUUUAAUGGGAAGAACGAGGAAGCUGUGCAAUGGGUUGGAGAGCAGACCUGGCUGUAUGAGUUAUACUUUGAAGUACCUCAAGAUGCAGUCGGGGCACCAUACCGCCGUGCAGCCCUCGUAUUUGAAGGGCUCGAUACCUUCGCCACCGUUAAGCUCAACGGCCGAGACAUCCUCAAGUCCGACAAUAUGUUCGUGUCUCACAGAGUCGAGCUCUCGGAAGACAUGCUUGUAAAGGAGAAUGGCAGUUUCACUGUGCAGUGUCUGCAAAUCAUCUUCGAGAAUGCAGAACGCGUGGGGGACGAGGAAGUCCUCAAAUAUCCGGGUCAUGACUGGUUCACCUUCAACGCCGGUACGGCACGUUUGGCAACGAGGAAAGCGCAGUAUCACUAUGGUUGGGAUUGGGGCCCGAAACUGAUGAGCUGUGGACCUUGGAAGCCAAUAUACCUGGAUCUCUAUUCAUCGCGGAUAUCAGACAUGUCAAUUCACACAAAUCUCGGCUCCGAUCUACAGUCUGCGGAGCUACAAGUUGUGGUUAUAGUUGACGGCCCUGCUAAUCACGCCAAAGUCGAACUCAGCCGCGAGGGUUUAGUCCAACAAUCUCAGACUGUCAAUGUCGAGCAACACAUCGCAAGAGCGGUUUUUCAUGUACAGAAUCCUGAUCUCUGGUGGCAUUUCACUCUGGGAGAAGCAAAUCUGUACGAAGCAAGUGUCUCUUUGUACCAGGCUCAGGAUUCUGAACCGAGAAUCCUGGACGAGAUGAGCAAAUUCUUUGGAAUUCGGAAAGUGGAAUUGGUCCAGCGUCCGCUGCACAACCAGGAAGGCAGCACUUUCUUUUUCAAGAUCAACAACGUCCCGAUCUUUGCUGCUGGCUCUUGCUGGAUUCCGGCCGACUCCUUCCUGACCCGCAUCUUUCCCCAGAGAUACAGGGAUUGGGUCAAGCUGGCUCGUGAUUCCAAUCAAGUUAUGAUUCGCGUUUGGGGUGGCGGCGUGUACGAGCACGAAUCAUUUUAUGAUGCUUGUGACCAGAUGGGCGUCCUUGUCUGGCAAGAUUUUAUGUUUGCUUGUGGCAACUUUCCAGCACAUGCGCGAAUGAGAAAUCGUGUCGCAGUGGAAGCGGAGCAGAACGUCCGCCGAUUGAGACAUCAUCCCUGUAUUGUACUAUGGUGUGGAAACAACGAGGAUUAUAUCAUCCCAGUGCUCAGGCAACUCCAAUACGAUCCGAGCGAAAAGGACCCUGGGAAGAUUCUCGAAUCAGCCUUUCCCGCACGGUAUUUCUACGAGCAUAUGCUGCCGGCAAUAUGCGAGGACCUGAGUCCUGCGACCCGGUACUGGCCUGGAUCUCCAUUCGGAGGCUCCAUGGCCAAUUCUCAGCAGGUCGGUGAUAUACACCAGUGGCACGUCUGGCAUUUGGAAAUGUUCCCAUACCAAGACUUCCCCAGACUUGCUGGCAGGUUCGUCAGUGAGUUUGGCAUGCAAGCAUUGCCCGGACUCGACACUGUCAAAGAGUUCUUCCCUCCAGGAUACCGCGUGUCUGAGGAUGGCGACGUAUCAGAGGAUGAGUAUUUGAAGUGGCACAACAAAAUGGACGAUGGAAGCGAUAGGAUGGCUCAGUACGGGAAUGCUAACAUCAAGUUCGAGACGGCAUCCCUCCCGGCGUACAUCUACGCGACCCAGCUGAUCCAGUCCGAGGCGCUUUCUGCGGCUUAUCGAUCCUGGCGACGGCUCUGGCAGGGCUCUGGCAAAGAGUAUUGUGGCGGAGCUCUUGUCUGGCAACUCAAUGACUGCUGGCCGGUGACAUCCUGGGCCAUUGCGGAUUACUUUCUUCGUCCCAAGAUGGCAUACUGGGCAGUCAAGCGUGAAUGUGCUGGCAUAACCGCCGGAAUGGCAAGAGUCAAGCAAGAUAACAGUGUAGAUGCUUUGGAGGUAUGGGCCGUCAACAUGACGCUGAUGGACAUCAAGGUUGAUGUUCACGUUGACGGAUGGAGCGUCGUGACAGGCAAGUCCGUCUUCCACCAUCUGAUGCUCAAAGCUUUCACUCUGAAGAUGAAUCAAAGUACAGAGCUCGGAAAGUUGGACUUGAGUGCUGUUAUCCCUGUGCGCUCCAAUCUUUCCGACAAGUUCUUGGGUUUCGAAGACACGGUCUUUGCAGUUCGGCUGGUUGAGCCACUGUCAGGUGGGAGAGCAUCCUCUCUCAAUGCUACGAAGCGUGGAAUCUCUUCGAAGAUACUGGCCCACCACAUCAAUUUUCACGAACCGCUGAAGGAGGUACCUUUCCAGACGAGGGCCAGGAAUCUUGCAUUGAGGAUUGUAAGACACGGGGCUGACAUUGUGGUGGAGGCAACAGCCAAUCUGCCCAUCAAAGGCCUCCUAGUGCAAGUCGCGGAUGAUCCAGACGCGAAAUGGGAGGACAACGGCAUUGAUCUGGUCCCUGGGAGGCUUGCUAGCUUGAGGCUCAUGGGCAAAGGACUUGAAGUUGGUCAGGAAGAUCGCCUUAGGGCUCGAUGGAUGGGAGGAGAGUGGAGCGGACAGGACGAUGUCAGGCCGUCGCUGUAG